CAAAAGUGCGAUUGAACCUAUGAUCAUUCCAAAUAAAGACAAAUGCUGUUUAUAAUCUGAUCUGAAUCGUGAUCACACACAGUGACCUCACACGAGUCCUCUGCAAUUCCCAUCUCGAAAUCCAAACCCUAAUUCCUCGCGCAAUGGGAUCAAUUGGAGUACUCCUCGUGUGCCAGGUAAUGCCCUACCUCGAGCAAGAGCUCGACAAGCGCUUCAAGCUCUUCCGCGAAUGGGAUUACCCGCAGAAGGCCCAGCUCCUCACCAACCACGCCGCCUCCAUCCGCGCCGUCGUCGGCAACGCCAGCGCCGGCGCCGACGCCGAGUUGAUUGACGCGCUGCCCAAGUUGGAGAUCGUCUCGAGCUUCAGUGUUGGAGUGGACAAGAUUGACCUCAACAAGUGUAAGGAGAAGGGGAUUCGUGUUACCAAUACCCCUGAUGUGUUGACUGAUGAUGUUGCUGAUUUGGCUAUUGGGUUGAUCCUUGCGUUGCUCAGGAGGAUUUGUGAGAGUGAUCGGUAUGUUAGGAGUGGGCAGUGGAAGAAAGGGGACUACAAAUUGACCACUAAGUUCUCUGGGAAAACCGUUGGCAUUAUUGGGCUGGGAAGGAUUGGUGCAGCAAUUGCCAAGAGAGCUGAAGGAUUUAACUGUCCAAUAAGUUACUUCUCUAGAACUGAGAAACGAGAUUCAAAAUACAAGUACUACCCAAGUGUUGUUGAGCUAGCAUCCAACUGUGAUAUACUAGUUGUUGCUUGCCCUCUUACAGAGGAAACCCAUCACAUCAUCAACCGGGAGGUCAUUGAUGCACUUGGUCCUAAAGGUGUUCUAAUUAACAUUGGACGAGGUAAGCAUGUUGAUGAGCCAGAGCUGGUCUCUGCACUGGUUGAAGGUCGUUUGGGUGGAGCUGGGCUCGAUGUGUUUGAAAACGAGCCUCAUGUUCCUGAAGAGCUAUUUGGGCUAGAAAAUGUUGUCUUGGUGCCUCAUGUUGGAAGCGGCACGGUGGAAACUAGAACUGCCAUGGCUGACCUUGUCCUUGGAAACCUGGAGGCUCAUUUCCUUGGUAAACCACUGUUAACUCCUUUGGUUUAACCUCUGCUGUCAUAGAAUUAUCAACAUGAGAUUGGUUUACCUUCAUUCAGUUACAUCACCAUCAAUUGAUAUUUAUUCUUGCGAAAUUGAAAUUGUUGAUUGUGAUUUGUUGAUAUCUGUGCUGUUGCUUCGCACUGCUUGAACAAUUGUAAAGAAUAAAUCAGUUCAUCUUUGUCGUGUGACUUCUUGAUCUGAUUAUCAAUCAAGAUUGACUGAACUUGAGCAUCUAUUAGGCAAGGAAUUACGUGUUGGGUUCA